CGAAUGCUUGGCACCCACACCCAUACGUCGGCUAAUGUACUAUAAAUAUAUAUGGGGGGUCACGAAUCUAAAGCAAACUCAGUUUUUCGUCGACAUCGCGAUCGGCAACUGGAACUCGAGCGGAUCGACAAGGACGUCAUGAAGCUUCUUCUGGUACUGUCGCUGCUGUUGGCCGACAGCUUAGCGAUUACUGUCGAAAAUUACUCCAAACGACGGAUCGAUGCUCCCGCAGAAGAGAAGAAAUACGGCAAACGAGAAUUAGACGGGUUGGGAUACAGUGACCAUCAGGAAUACGUGUACGGUCCGCCGGCGCCUCCGGUUUACGAGAUUCCAGCGCCCGAUCUUGCACAUCCGAUACCUGGACACGUACCGGAGCCGCCAGCCGUUGCCGUUCAUCCAGUCGCAUCGGUUCCCGUUCCCGUUCCACAACCGGUGCCACAGCCGGUGCCGCAUCCGAUCGCGGUGCCCGUCGCGGUGCCGGUACCCAAGCACAUACCGGUCGCCGUGCCCGUGCCAGUGGCAGUGCCGGUGCCCAAGCCGUAUCCGGUCACCGUGGAGAAGAUCGUUCACGUAGACCGACCGGUGCCGGUGCCGAUCGAAAAACCAGUGCACAUUCCGGUGGAUCGGCCGGUGCAUGUGCCGGUGCCGGUGCCGAAACCGUAUCCCGUCACUUUCGAAAAGAUCGUGCACGUGGAUCGGCCGUACCCGGUGCACGUGGCCGUACCGGUGCACGUGCCGAAACCGUAUCCAGUGCCCAUCUCCAUACACGCGCACUACAAAUCGCACGGUUGGUAA